GACAAUAUUUAACUAAAACAGAGAUAAACAUCGUAAGAAGUUAUGUCCACUUAAAUGUACAAGUAUACACUAGAUAAAGGUCAUGAGGGAAAGUUGUGGGCAGACGACAGGAACAUAGCAUUGUAGUCAGACAAUGUUACACCUUAUACAGAUGACGAGGAACAUUUUAGUUGCGUUACUGUUACUACUUGUAAAUGACGUUAAGUCAGGUUCCUAUAAAAGAGUGUGUUACUUUACAAACUGGGCCCAGUAUCGGGACGGAAUAGGAAAGUAUAUGGCUAGUGAUGUAGACCCAAAUCUAUGUACACAUGUGGUCUAUGCUUUCGCUAAAGUCACAGGAAACAGUAUCGAACCAUACGAAUGGAACGAUAUCAAUGAGUGGGCCAAAGGUCAGUAUGAAAUGAUCCGUGAUGUACGGAUUAAAAAUCCUGCUUUAAAGAUACUGAUAGCUAUCGGAGGAUGGAAUCAUGGCAGUUCACCGUUCACCAAGGUGGUAGCUAACCAACCAAAUAUAGACGCAUUUGCUACAAAUUCAUUGACUUUCCUCAGAGCUAAUAGUUUCGAUGGCCUAGACCUUGACUGGGAAUAUCCUGCCAACAGAGGGAGUCCCCCUGAAGAUAAACAAAGGUUCUCUCAAUUAGUGAAGACGUUACGUACAAAAUAUAACAAUGAAGUAUUAACUUCCGGUCGAUCACGGCUUCUAUUGACUGCUGCUGUGGCCGCAGGUCAGUCUACGAUAGAAAGUGCUUAUGAAAUUAACAUAAUAGCGCAACAUUUAGAUUUCAUAAAUCUCAUGGCGUACGAUUUGUUUAGUGAUUAUAACACCGUUACACAACAUAACAGUCCUUUAUACAAAUCCAUGGCUCCAAACGAGGCUUUUAAUGUUGACUUUGCAAUAAAAAUGUGGUUGAAUGGAGGUACACCUAAACAAAAACUGAUACUGGGUAUGGCUUUUUAUGGAAGAUCUUAUAGCUUACGUAACACAGCAGAGACAGGACUGAAUGCUCCCACAAAGGGACAGGGUACAGCAGGAAGAUACACGAAAGAAAAUGGAUUCUUAUCAUAUUACGAGAUAUGUUCUAAUAUAAGAAAUAAGAGCUGGACGGAAGGUUGGUUGGACGAUCAACAAGUCCCAUAUGCCUACAAAGGUGAACAAUGGGUUGGCUACGACAAUGCUAAAAGUAUUGAGAUAAAGGCAAAAUACGUUAUAGACAAUGGUUUAGGCGGUGGUAUGACAUGGGCAUUAGAUCUUGACGAUUUCCAUGGACUAUGUGGACAAGGCAAAAACCCUUUAAUGAUGACUAUGAAGAAUGUUUUUAAUGGUGCCCCUAUUCCAACGUUUGGACCAACGAAUGCACCAGGACCUAGACAAACGAAUGCACCAGGACCUAGACAAACGAAUGCCCCAGACAAAGGAUCGAUAUCUACAGGUACCUCACGUUUAACUUCUAACAAUAAUAAUGCUCCAAAAAGAGGGAACCAGGCUAUAUUGACCGAUUCAACAACACCAAGCUCUGGAGUUAACGGCCCUGUUGUGUCAGGAUUACAAGGCGAUUGUCCAAAUAAUGAUGGAUCUGCAGUAGGAGCUGUUCUUGGAGUUUUCUUGGCCAUAGCUUUAGUGAUCAUUAUAUGUUUAGUGUUAUAUAUCCUUAGACUCAAAGGUUAUGAAAUAAACCCGUUGUAUAUAAUACGCGGUAAGAAAUCAUCAGAAAAGAAGAAAUCAGAUUUUUCUAGCAUUCCACCACCAAGUGUUCAAACAGUUAAUAUGCAUAUGGACGAUUCAGGAUUUAAAAAAGAUUCUGAACCAGUGUAUUUUAACGAUCGGCCCGAGCAGGCGAAAUAUCUUCCCAGUGUUAAUCAUGUGCAUGGCAAUGUAAGUCGUUUCGAUGCUUUUAACAAACCACCGCCAAAUACACCUCCGCCUAGAUUUCCACCACCUAAUUCGAAUCCUGUGAAUUAUAGUGCUUCAUCCCCUGACGUUCUUCUAUCAAAUUACACAAGAAAUAUAAGUGCUAGUGCUAGAUCAGAUGACAUUCUAAGACAAAAUAACACAAGAAACAUAAGUGAUAGUGCAAGAUCAGAUGACAUUCUAAGACAAAAACAGUCACAUGUUACUUUACAUGAAAACCCUUCAUUAGAAAGUGAAGAUUAUGGCUUUGAACAAAGGAAUAGUAACUACAAUAACUUCGAUGUGGUUGAACCGCCGAAUUAUAACGCAGUCAUAUCAAAGUCUGGAAAACUAGGUACCUCAACCAAUGUAAUGAACAGAUACAAUGGCCUGGUUUUCUUAAUUGUAAUGGCAACUGUCUAUGGAAAUUAUAAACGAGUGUGCUACUUUUCAAAUUGGGCUCAGUAUCGGGAAGGAAUUUGGAAGUACAUGGCUAGUGAUGUUGAUCCGUAUCUUUGUACUCACGUAAUAUAUGCUUUCGCCAAGGUGGUGGGAAACAAUAUCGAACCGUAUGAAUGGAAUGAUAUCAACGAAUGGGGUAAAGGACAGUAUGCUAUGAUUCGUGAUGUACGCAGUAAAAAUCCCUCCUUAAAGAUUCUGCUAGCUAUCGGAGGUUGGAAUCAUGGAAGUGACAAUUUUACACUUAUGGUAGCCACUGAAUCUAAUAUAGAGGAGUUUGCUACAAAUUCAGUGAAAUUCCUCAGGGCUAAUGGUUUCGAUGGUUUGGAUCUUGAUUGGGAAUAUCCUGCCAACAGAGGGAGUCCUCCAGAAGAUAAACAAAGGUUUACUCAAUUAGUACAGACAUUACGUACAAGAUAUGAUAGUGAAAUGUUGAUUUCCGGUCGCUCACGUCUUUUGUUGACAGCCGCUGUUGCAGCCGGACAAUCUACUAUUGAAACCGCUUAUGAAAUCAACAAAAUCGCACAACAUUUGGAUUUUAUCAAUCUCAUGUCAUAUGAUUUGUUCAGUGAUUACAACAGCGUUACACAACAUAACAGUCCCUUGUACAAAUCGUUAUCCCCGAACGAGGCCUUUAACGUUGACUUUGCUAUCAAAAUGUGGUUAAAUGGAGGAACACCGACAAACAAACUGAUACUUGGAAUUGGAACAUAUGGAAGGUCUUUUGUGUUACAAAAUACAGCUCAGACAGGAUUUGGUGCUCCUACAAUGGGAGCAGGAACACCAGGAAAAUUUACAAAAGAAAAAGGAUAUCUAUCAUAUUACGAGAUCUGCUCCUAUAUCAACAAUCAGGGAUGGACAGAAGGUUGGCUUGAUGAUCAACAAGUACCAUAUGCCUACAAAGGUAAUCAAUGGGUUGGCUACGACAAUCCUAGAAGCGUGGCAUUAAAGACAAAGUAUGUCAUGGACAACCAUUUAGGUGGAGGUAUGAUAUGGGCAGUAGAUGUUGAUGAUUUUAAUGAUGUAUGUGGGCUUGGAAAAUACCCGAUUGUAACAACAAUGAGGAAUGUGUUCAAUGGUACUGCGGUUCCUCCUGUCUUUCAACCAACAAGUCCAAGCAUAACGCCAUCAACUAAAGGAUCAACAACUUAUUCUUCUAUAAAGGUAUCAACGACUCAAUCUUCAACGACUAAAUCUUUGAUUAAGAUAUCGACAUCAGAUACAUCAACAAAGGCAUCAAUAAGUGAUUCUACAACAAAGAUAUCGAUAAAUGGUUCAACUAAAUCAUCAGGCUUUCAAGAUUGUUGCGAAAGCAGUAACAUAUCUGUAGAUGUUGUUCUUGGUGUGUUACUGGCGAUAGCGCUGGCAACAGUUAUAUUGCUACUCCUUGUCAUCUUCAAACUAAAAGGUUAUGAGGUCGUCCUGUUGCGUUUCUGUAUACAGAAGAUUAAACCAGAACAGUAUGACAACUUGAAAGGUCCAAGUGUAUUGCCGAAUGUUGGUUAUAUUUAUGACGAAAUUAACAUAGAAGUGUUGGGAAAUUAUAAAAGAGUAUGCUAUUUUACAAACUGGGCCCAGUAUCGACCUGGAACCGGAAAGUAUAUGGCUAGUGAUGUAGAUCCCUAUCUAUGUACACACGUCAUAUAUGCAUUCGCCAAAGUGGUGGGCAACACCAUCGUACCGUACGAAUGGAAUGAUAUCAAUGAAUGGGCUAAAGGUCAGUAUGAAAUGAUUUGUGAUGUACGAAGUAAAAAUCCUGCCUUAAAGAUCCUGCUAGCUAUCGGAGGAUGGAAUCAUGGCAGUGCACCUUUCACCCAGGUGGUAGCUAACCAAUUAAAUAUAAACGAGUUUGCUACAAACUCAUUGACAUUCCUCAGGACUAAUGGUUUCGAUGGUUUAGAUCUUGACUGGGAAUAUCCUGCCAACAGAGGAAGUCCGUCUGAAGAUAAACAGAGGUUCUCUCAGUUAGUAAAGACAUUAAGUACAAAGUAUGACAAUGAAGUAUUGAAAUCGGGGAAAUCACGUCUUCUGUUGACUGCCGCUGUGGCAGCCGGUAAAUCUACUAUUGAAAGUGCGUAUGAAAUCAACAUAAUUGCACAACAUUUGGAUUUCAUCAAUCUCAUGUCAUAUGAUUUGUUCAGCGAUUACAACAGCGUUACACAACAUAACAGUCCUUUGUACAAAUCUUUGGCUCCUAACGAAGCGUAUAAUAUAGAUUUUGCUGUUAAGAUGUGGUUGAAUGGGGGAACACCGAAACAUAAACUGAUUGUAGGAAUGGCAACCUAUGGAAGAUCUUUUACAUUACGAAGUUUAGCCGACACAGGAUUUGGUGCUCCUACCACCGGUCAAGGUACAGCUGGAACAUAUACCCGAGAAAAGGGAUUUCAAUCGUAUUAUGAGAUCUGUACUAAUAUCAACAAGCAUGGAUGGACGGAAGGUUGGUUAGAUGAACAACAAGUACCAUAUGCCUUCAAAGGCAAUCAAUGGGUUGGUUACGAUAAUCCUAGAAGUAUUGAAAUAAAGACAAAAUAUGUCAUUAACAAUAGUUUAGGUGGAGGUAUGAUAUGGGCAAUAGACAUCGAUGAUUUCCAUGGUACAUGUGGACAUGGCAAAUACCCGUUAAUGACAACAAUGAAGAAUGUUUUCAAUGGAACUGUGGGCCCUCCUAUCAUUGAACCGACAAGCAAACCAGGUACUUCAUCAACCAAAGGGUCAACAACCUACUCUUCUGUAACGGUACCCACAACUAAAUCAUCAACUAAGGGGUCAACAACCUACUCUUCUGUAACGGCACCCACAACUAAAUCUUCAACUAAGGGGUUGACGUCAUAUUCAUCAACUUAUAGCCGACCGAUGUCAAAAUUAACAACUAAGGUGUACGAUUCGACUACAAAGACAUUGCUUACUGAUUCAUCAACAAAGAUAUCGAUAACUGACUCAACAAAAUCAUCGAUGUCAUCAGGCUUACAAGAAGGUUGUAAAAGCAACGACGGAUCAGUUGUUUGUACAGUUUUUCUGGCUGUGUCGGUGAUACUAAACAUAAUAUUAACCCUUAUCAUCUUCAAGCUUAAAGGUUACGAGGUCAUAUUGCGGCGAGUUAUUAUUAAGAAGUUUAAAGCAGAUAAGUAUGACAACUUAAAAGAGUCCAGUACUGUAUUACCUGAUGUGGGUUACGUUUCUGAAAAAGUGAACCAUCAGAGUGAAGUUGACCAUCAGCGUGAAGUGAACCAUCAGCGUGAAGUUGACCAGUCUGUUUCUACUGAACCAAGAUUUUAACACGAACAUCAAUUUAGAAUAUAGCGAACAUAGUUUUAAGCGAAUACAUGUAUAUUAUAUUUUUCUUCUUUAAAUUAU